AUUGCUUCUGUCUGUAGUGUAGGUAUGGCUCCCGCGAGGGAACCGAGAGGCGGCGGGAACCCGGGUCGGGGUCUCGCUCUGUGCUGACCGCGACCCAGGGCCGAGUGGGCUAUGGGGGAUCCUGGCUCCCUGGUCACGGAAGGCCGCGCUGGUGACCGGAGCUGGUGCUUGCGGCGGGUGGGGAUGAACGCCGAGUGGCUGCUGCUGGAGGAUGGAAACGAGGUGACUGUAGGGCGAGGAUUUGGUGUCACAUACCAGUUGAUAUCAAAAAUCUGCCCUCUGAUGAUUUCCCGAAACCACUGUAUUUUGAAGCAGAAUGCCGAGGGCCAGUGGACAAUUAUGGACAACAAGAGUCUGAAUGGUGUUUGGCUGAACAGAGAACGUCUAGAGCCUUUAAAGGUCUAUUCUAUCCAUAAUGGAGAUCACAUCCAGCUUGGGGUGCCUCUGGAAAAUAAGGAGAAUGCAGAGUAUGAAUAUGAAGUUACUGAAGAAGACUGGGAGAGGAUUUACCCUUGUCUUUCCCCCAAAAGUGACCAGAUGAUGGAAAAAAAUAAGGGCUUGAGAACUAAAAGGAAAUUUAGUUUGAAUGAAUUAGAGGGUUCUGGAGCUGAAGGCCCCUCAAAUUUGAAAUCCAAAAUAAGUAAAGUGUCUUGUGAAUCUGGUCAGCCAGUGAAGUCACAUGGGAAGGGUGAAGUGGCUAGUCAACCCUCUGAAUAUUUGGAUCCUACUUUGACUUCUCUUCAGCUAAGUGGGAAGACCACAGGGGCUCAUGUUUACCCAGGCCCCGCAAAAGUUGUAGAGCGUCAUUAUAAGAAGCAGAAAGCCUCAAAUCCUUCAGCAUCUCAGAGCAGCUUAGAGCUGUUUAAGGUAACGAUGUCCAGGAUUCUAAAGCUGAAAACACAGAUGCAGGAAAAGCAGGUAGCUGUUCUGAAUGUGAAAAAGCAGACCCAAAAAGGGAACUCGAAGAAAAUUGUGAAAAUGGAGCAGGAACUGCAGGAUUUACAGUCCCAGCUGUGUGCAGAGCAGGCCCAGCAGCAGGCCAGAGUGGAGCAGCUGGAGAAGACUUUCCAGGAAGAGCAGCAGCAUCUCCAGGGUUUGGAGAAGGAGCAAGGGGAAGAGGACCUGAAGCAACAGCUGGCCCAGGCUCUGCAGGAGCAUCGGGCUCUGAUGGAACAGCUAAAUCGCAGCAAGAAGGACUUUGAAGCAAUCAUUCAAGCCAAGAACAAAGAAUUGGAGCAGACCAAGGAAGAGAAGGAGAAGGUGCAAGCACAGAAGGAGGAAGUUCUUAGCCAUGUGAAUGACGUGCUAGAGAAUGAGCUCCAGUGUAUUAUUUGUUCAGAAUACUUCAUUGAGGCUGUCACCUUGAACUGUGCCCAUAGUUUCUGCUCCUACUGUAUCAGUGAGUGGAUGAAGCGGAAGAUAGAAUGCCCCAUUUGUCGGAAGGACAUCAAGUCGAAAACCCACUCCCUGGUUCUAGACAAUUGCAUUAAUAAGAUGGUAGAUAAUCUGAGCUCGGAAGUGAAAGAACGACGAAUUGUCCUCAUCAGGGAACGAAAAGAAUUCUGCUGGGCUUCCCUGGUGACAGUGGUUAAGAAUCCGCCUGCCAAUGCAGGGGACACAGGUUCGAGCCCUGGUCCGGGAAGAUCCCACAUGCCGCGGAGCAGCUGGGCCUGUUGUGCCACAACUACUGAGCCUGCGCUCUGGAGCCCGGGAGCCACAACUACUGAGCCCACAUGCCACAGCUACUGAAGCCUGCGCGCCUAGAGCUCGUGCACCACAAUGAAGAGUAGCCCCCGCUCGCCACAACUAGAGAAAGUCUGCGUGCAACAACAAAGAACCA